AUGGGUGGCAUCCCCCCGUGCCACCAGCACCCUCCUGUCUUUGGUAGGACCACACCGGCCGUGCUGUUCUGGCAGUGGGUCAACCAGUCCUUCAACGCCAUCGUCAACUACACCAACCGCAGCGGGGAUGCACCCAUCACUCCCAGCCAGCUGGGGACAGCCUAUGUGAGCGCGACCACGGGGGCAGUUGUCACAGCACUGGGGCUCAAAUCUCUCACCAAGCCCUCCCCACCCACCAUCGCCCGGUACGUGCCUUUCGCGGCCGUGGCUGCUGCCAACUGCAUCAACAUCCCGCUGAUGAGGCAGAGAGAGCUCAAGCUGGGGAUCCCUGUCACGGAUGAGAACGGGAACCGCCUGGGUGAGUCCACGGCUGCAGCCCAGAAGGCCAUUUUCCAGGAGUUCAUCUCCUUCCCCUCUGCCCCAGCCAUCCCCCCUGUGAUCAUGAACGCGCUGGAGAAGAGAGCUUUCCUGAAGCGGUACCCGUACCUGAACGCUCCCCUGCAGGUCGGCCUGGUGGGACUCUGCUUGGUGUUCGCCACCCCGCUGUGCUGCGCGCUCUUCCCGCAGAAAAG